CUGGUUGUGGGAGGAACUUGGUCCUGUCAGUUCCAGACAUGCCUGAACAAACAUAGCUGCUGUGAGUCCUGUGCUAAACAAGGUAUCAGUCCAAACACAGGCAUGGACCGGUUCUCCUAUGGUUUUGGUAUGGAUUGUAUUAUCAUUUUCCAUUGCAGUAUGGUUGAUUUGGAAAACAGUUGCACAGCGUCUAGAUACUACGUGUAAACGGUACCCAGAAUUGGUCGGUGUUAGUCGAUUCGUCAUGGAAGCUGAGAAAGAAAAGCCAGAAGAUUCUCAGCCAGAAACUCCUCUUCCAGAUUUUAUUGGAGGUGUUAUUGGGGUAGAUCUAAAACCCAUAGGCAAUACACAGGAAACAACUGUAACUAAUAGCUCUGCCUCAUUACCUCCUAUUAUAUCUUCUCCUGCAUCAAGACCAGAGCAGAAGCAGUUGAAAUUUGGUCCUUCAAAAGGAGGUAACUCAGAACCCAAAACUCAAAAGACCAGAAGGCCACCAUUAUCCAGGUUUAUAUUGGGCUCCUCAGAGGACAACUCUUCAGAUGAUGAAUUUUCUUCCAAUUCAUGUAAAAGUACAAGAAAAAACAGCCUUACCAGCCUUGGCUCUCAGACUCCUUCUUUAUCAUCACUGCCUGAAACCGAAACUCUGACAGCAACCAUGAGGUCCAGCAUGUCUGGGUUACAUCUGGUGAAGAAAGGCAGAGAGCACAAGAAAAUGGAUCUGCAUCGAGACUUCACAGUCGCAUCCCCAGCUGAAUUUGUGACUCGGUUUGGUGGGAACCGCAUUAUUGAAAAGGUCCUCAUUGCUAACAAUGGCAUCGCAGCUGUCAAAUGCAUGCGCUCAAUCCGGAGGUGGUCAUAUGAAAUGUUCAGGAAUGAGCGGGCUAUACGUUUUGUGGUUAUGGUUACCCCAGAAGAUCUCAAAGCUAAUGCAGAAUACAUCAAGAUGGCUGACCACUAUGUACCAGUACCUGGGGGACCGAAUAAUAAUAACUAUGCUAAUGUAGAGUUAAUUGUUGACAUCGCCAAGCGAAUACCAGUUCAGGCUGUGUGGGCUGGAUGGGGUCAUGCCUCAGAAAAUCCCAAGCUCCCAGAACUGCUGCAGAAGCAGAAUAUUGCUUUCCUGGGUCCUCCCAGCGAGGCGAUGUGGGCACUAGGCGAUAAAGUGGCAUCUACAAUUGUCGCUCAAAGUGUGGGUAUCCCAACAUUGUCCUGGAGUGGGGAUGGACUGCUUUUGGCCACCUCAGAGGACAAGCAGCAGCAAAAUAUUAUCUGUGUUCCAACUGAGAUUUAUGUACAGGGCUGUGUCAAAGAUGUGGACGAAGGAUUGGAGUCUGCAGAGAGAAUCGGAUAUCCAGUGAUGAUAAAAGCAUCUGAAGGAGGAGGAGGGAAAGGCAUCCGAAUGUCUGAGCGUGGAGAGGAUUUUCCCAACCUCUUUAGACAGGUGCAGACUGAGGUGCCUGGGUCCCCCAUCUUUGUAAUGAAGCUAGCUGAACACGCUCGCCAUUUGGAAGUCCAAAUUCUGGCAGAUCAGUACGGCAAUGCUGUGUCUCUCUUCGGACGUGACUGUUCCAUACAACGGAGGCAUCAGAAGAUAAUAGAGGAAGCUCCACCUACAGUGGCAACCCCUGCUAUCUUUGAAUACAUGGAGCAGUGUGCAGUACGUUUGGCAAAGAUGGUGGGCUAUGUGAGUGCCGGUACAGUGGAAUACCUCUACAGUGGAGAUGGCAGCUUUCACUUCCUGGAACUUAAUCCUAGACUACAGGUUGAACACCCAUGUACGGAGAUGAUUUGUGACGUCAACCUCCCUGCUGCUCAGCUACAGAUAUCAAUGGGAGUUCCUUUGUACAGAAUUAAGGAUAUAAGAGUUCUGUAUGGAGAGACUCCUUGGGGAGAUUCCCCAAUCUGCUUUGAUAACCCAGUGAACCCACCCCAACCAAGAGGACACGUCAUUGCCGCCCGAAUUACCAGUGAGAACCCUGAUGAAGGGUUUAAGCCCAGCUCCGGCACAGUCCAGGAGCUGAAUUUUCGCAGUAACAAGAAUGUAUGGGGAUAUUUCAGUGUGGCAGCUGCUGGCGGCCUGCAUGAGUUUGCUGAUUCCCAAUUUGGACACUGCUUCUCCUGGGGAGAAAACCGAGAGGAAGCCAUAUCGAAUAUGGUUAUGGCUCUUAAAGAGCUUUCUAUACGGGGAGAUUUUAGGACUACUGUGGAGUACCUCAUCAAACUGUUGGAAACAGAGUGCUUCCAGAACAAUGAGAUUGACACUGGUUGGCUGGAUUAUCUAAUUGCAGAGAAAGUCCAGGCUGAGAAACCGGAUACAAUGCUCGGAGUGGUCUGUGGGGCUUUAAAUGUAGCAGAUACUUUGUUCCAGACCUGUAUGAAUGAAUUCCUUCAUUCAUUAGAAAGAGGACAGGUUCUUCCUGCCGCAACACUGCUGAACAUUGUUGAUGUGGAACUCAUCUCAGAGAGUGUGAAAUACAAAUUAAAGGUAGCCCGUCAAUCCCUUACCACCUAUGUUACCAUCAUGAAUAACUCUCACAUAGAGAUAGAUGUCCAUCGUCUGAGUGAUGGAGGUCUUCUGCUGUCCUACGAUGGAAAUAGCUACACCACCUAUAUGAAAGAGGAAGUAGAAAAAUACCGUGUAACCAUAGGAAACAAGACUUGUGUGUUUGAAAAGGAAAAGGACCCAACUGUUGUUCGUUCCCCCUCUACUGGAAAAUUGCUGCAGUACACCGUGGAAGACGGAUGCCAUGUUCAAGCAGGAGAAUGCUUUGCUGAAAUUGAGGUAAUGAAGAUGGUGAUGACUCUCCUCGUUCAGGAAUCUGGUGUCAUUCAUUAUGUGAAGCGUCCCGGCGCUGUGCUGGAAUCUGGCUGUGUAGUGGCUCAUCUUGACUUGGAUGACCCAUCUAAACUCCACCAGACUGAGCUGUACACUGGAGAUCUCCGCCCACAGCAGACACUUCCAAUAAUUGGAGAGAAGCUUCAUCAGGUGUUUCACAAUGUGCUGGAUAAUCUGGUCAAUGUGAUGAAUGGUUACUGCUUGCCUGAGCCCUACUUCACAGCCAAGCUAAAGGAAUGGGUACACAAGCUGAUGAAGACCCUACGGGACCCAUCUCUUCCUCUCCUGGAGCUUCAAGAGAUCAUGACCAGUGUGUCCACCAGAAUUCCACCUCCUGUGGAAAAAUCUAUACGCAAGGUGAUGGCUCAAUAUGCCAGCAACAUCACCUCUGUUCUUUGCCAGUUCCCCAGCCAGCAGAUUGCCAACAUUCUAGACAGCCAUGCAGCUACCUUGCAGAGGAAAGCCGAUCGGGAAGUAUUUUUCAUGAACACUCAGAGCAUCGUCCAGCUUGUACAGAGAUACCGCAGUGGGAUUCGAGGUUACAUGAAAUCAGUUGUACUUGAUUUACUUAGAAAAUACUUACAAGUAGAAACACAAUUUCAACAUUCUCACUAUGACAAGUGUGUUAUUAAUGUCCGGGAACAAUACAAGCCAGAUAUGACGCCAGUUCUUGAGUGCAUCUUCUCCCACGCACAGGUGGCCAAGAAGAACCUGUUAGUUACCAUGUUAAUUGAUCAGCUUUGUGGACGCGACCCGACACUUACAGACGAGUUAAUGGCCAUUCUUAAUGAACUGACUCAACUGAGUAAAACCGAACACUCGAAGGUUGCCCUUAGAGCACGACAGGUUUUGAUCGCUUCUCAUCUCCCUUCGUAUGAACUGAGACACAAUCAAGUGGAAUCCAUUUUCCUGUCUGCCAUAGACCUCUAUGGACAUCAGUUUUGUCCAGAAAACCUAAAGAAACUCAUCCUUUCUGAAACCUCCAUUUUUGACGUCCUCCCAAACUUCUUCUAUCACAAUAAUCAGGUUGUUCGCAUGGCUGCUUUGGAGGUAUAUGUAAGAAGAGGGUAUAUUGCCUAUGAAUUAAACAGCUUGCAGCACCACCAGCUCCUGGAUGGAACAUGUGUGGUGGAAUUCCAGUUUAUGUUGCCAUCUUCUCACCCAAACAGAGAGAUCAGCCCUACACUGAGCAGGUGUGACUUGGUCCAAAAAAGGUUGGGAACCUUUGCUCUAGCCCAGUGGAUGUCUCUACCAAUCAGUGCUACUAAUCUCGAGAUAAAUCGUCAAAGUAGUGAACUCUUUAUGGACAGUGGCUUCUCGCCUCUGUGCCAGAGGAUGGGCGUUAUGGUAGCUUUCGACAAGUUUGAGGACUUCACAAGGAACUUUGAUGAGGUCAUAGCCUGCUUUGCAGAUCCUCCACUAGAUAGCCCCCUGUUCAGUGAGGCCCGUUCCACUUUCUAUGAUGAAGAAGACAAUAAGAAUAUCCGAGAGGAGCCCAUUCACAUCCUCAAUGUUGCCAUAAAAUCUGUUGACCGAAUGGAGGAUGAGGAUCUAGUGGCUGUGUUCAGAACCUUCUCCCAGUCAAAGAAAACCAUCAUGGUAGACUAUGGACUUCGAAGGAUCACCUUUUUAAUAGCCCAGCAGAGAGAAUUUCCCAAAUUUUUCACUUUCAGGGCAAGAGAUGAGUUUGCUGAAGAUCGAAUCUACAGACACCUAGAACCUGCCCUUGCCUUUCAGCUGGAGCUGAACAGGAUGCGUAACUUUGACCUAACUGCAGUACCAUGCGCCAACCAAAAAAUGCACCGAUAUCUUGGAGCAGCCAAAGUAGCAGCAGGGACAGAAGUUACAGAUUACAGGUUUUUUAUUCGUGCCAUCAUCCGACAUUCAGAUCUCAUCACUAAGGAAGCAUCAUUUGAAUAUCUGCAGAAUGAAGGUGAACGUCUUCUGCUUGAGGCCAUGGAUGAGUUAGAAGUAGCUUUUAACAACACUAGUGUCCGUACCGACUGCAAUCACAUCUUUCUUAACUUCGUCCCUACUGUCAUCAUGGACCCGUCCAAGAUAGAAGAGUCUGUCCGCUCCAUGGUCAUGAGAUAUGGCAGCCGAUUAUGGAAGCUACGGGUUCUUCAAGCUGAAGUAAAGAUCAACAUCCGUUUAACACCGGUAGGAAAAGCAAUUCCCAUCCGCCUAUUCCUGACUAAUGAGUCGGGGUAUUACCUGGAUAUGAGCCUCUACAAGGAGGUGACUGACCCAAGCACUGGACAUAUUAUGUUCAAUUCCUAUGGAGAUAAACAUGGACAUAUGCAUGGGAUGUUGAUUAACACACCUUAUGUGACCAAAGACCUGCUGCAGUCCAAGCGCUUCCAGGCCCAAACACUGGGGACAACCUAUGUGUAUGACUUCCCCGAGAUGUUCAAACAGGCUUUAUAUAAACAGUGGGGUUCAGAAAAGCAACACCCUAACGAAAUCCUCACCUACACGGAAUUGGUUCUAGACACACAGGGGCAGCUCGUCCAACUGAACAGGCUGCCUGGUGGUAAUGAGGUGGGAAUGGUGGCAUUCAGGAUGAAUCUGAAAACUCCUGAAUAUCCAUCCGGUCGGGAAAUCAUUGUCAUCUGCAAUGAUAUUACGUACAAGAUUGGCUCCUUUGGACCACAAGAAGAUAUGCUUUUUCUCAGAUCUUCAGAACUGGCCAGAAAAGAAGGGAUCCCUCGAAUUUACAUAGCAGCCAACAGUGGGGCUCGGAUAGGACUGGCAGAAGAACUCAGGCACAUGUUUCAGGUUGCAUGGAACGAUCCCAUAGACCCUUAUAAGGGUUUCAAGUAUCUGUACCUGACUCCUCAUGACUACACAAGGAUCAGCGCUAUGAACUCUGUACAUUGUGAACAUGUAGAGGACGAGGGGGAAUCCAGGUACAUGCUGACUGACAUUAUUGGGAAAGAGGACGGAAUUGGAGUUGAGAACCUGAGGGGAUCUGGCACAAUUGCUGGAGAAUCUUCACUAGCCUAUGAAGAAAUAAUUACCAUCAGCAUGGUAUCAUGUCGGGCGAUUGGUAUUGGAGCCUACCUAGUGAGGCUUGGUCAGCGUGUAAUACAGGUGGAGAAUUCCCAUAUAAUCCUUACUGGAGCAAGUGCCUUGAACAAGGUCCUGGGUCGUGAAGUGUACACAUCUAAUAACCAGCUGGGGGGCGUGCAGAUCAUGUGCAACAAUGGAGUUUCACAUACAAUGGUGCCUGAUGAUUAUGAGGGAGUUUAUACCAUCCUGGAGUGGCUUUCCUACAUGCCAAAGGAUAAACACAGCCCGGUACCUGUCAUUACCACAACGGACCCCAUUGACAGGCAGAUUGAUUUCAUACCAUCCAAAGCUCCGUAUGACCCCCGCUGGAUGCUGGCUGGAAGACCACACCCUUCUGUGAAGGGGACAUGGCAGAGAGGAUUCUUUGACCAUGGAAGCUUCAUGGAGAUCAUGCAGCGUUGGGCACAGACUGUCGUGGCAGGAAGGGCACGACUGGGUGGGAUACCUGUCGGGGUUAUUGCUGUAGAAACCCGCAGUGUGGAAAUGGCAGUGCCCGCAGAUCCUGCCAAUCUGGAUUCUGAAGCCAAGAUCAUUCAGCAAGCUGGGCAGGUUUGGUUCCCUGAUUCUGCUUUCAAAACAGCCCAGGCAAUAAAAGACUUUAACCGGGAGCGACUGCCUCUCCUCAUUUUUGCAAACUGGCGAGGAUUCUCUGGGGGAAUGAAGGACAUGUACGACCAAGUACUAAAGUUUGGGGCAUAUAUCGUGGACAGCCUGAGGGAAUUCAAACAGCCAGUCCUGGUAUACAUCCCACCUUAUGCUGAGCUUAGAGGAGGCUCGUGGGUUGUCAUAGACCCCACCAUAAAUCCUCUCUAUAUGGAGCUCUAUGCAGACAAAGACAGCAGGGGUGGUGUCUUGGAAGCAGAAGGCACAGUCGAAAUCCGUUUCAGAAGGAAAGACUUGAUAAAAACAAUGAGGAGAAUUGAUCCUGUCUACGCCCGCAUUGUUGAACAGCUUGGUACACCAGAGCUGUCUGAGGCAGAACGCAAGGUGCAAGAAAAAAAGCUUAGGGCCCGGGAAGAACUGCUACUACCUAUGUACCAUCAAGUAGCUGUGAAAUUUGCUGAUCUACAUGAUACUCCAGGAAGAAUGCAGGAGAAAGGAGUUAUCACAGAUGUCCUGGAAUGGAAGGAUGCAAGGACCUUCCUGUAUUGGAGACUGCGACGUCUUCUCCUGGAAGAGGUGGUGAAGAGUGAGAUUCUGAGGGCAAACAGCGAGCUCAGUGACUUUCACAUACAGUCAAUGCUGCGCCGUUGGUUUAUGGAAACAGAGGGAGCUGUGAAGGCCUACCUAUGGGACAACAACCAGGUGGUGGUGGAGUGGCUUGAGAAGCACUUACAAGAGGAAGAUGGUGCACGAUCUGCCAUUCGGGAGAAUAUAAAGUACCUGAAGAGAGACUAUGCCCUUAAAAACAUCAGAGGUUUGAUCCAAGCUAACCCUGAAGUAGCCAUGGACUGCAUUGUCCACAUGACUCAGCAGAUCACUCCAGCUCAGAGAGCUCAGCUGGCCAAGCUCUUAUCGACUGUGGACAAUGACUCUUCCAGUUGACACCAGAAGCAGGAACAUCUUAAUACCUCCACAUAAAUUUUGACAGACAAUGAUGGCAAUAAACUUCCGUCCAAAGCAUCACGGCUGGUAAACUGAGACAACAAGUGCCUUAAUUAAAGAACAACCAAAGUGCACUCUGUCCCAUCUUCUGGCUACCGCGGUUAUGCAAUUCCAGUGUUAUUACCACUUUGCACAUCCACAUCUGUACAGAAAAAAAUAUUUUAAAGGAUUCCCUCCAGCUACUCACUUUCAUAUUCUGAAUGCAGGACUGUCAUGUACUGUUACAUUAACGCACUUUGCCUCAAAGUACAAUCGCCAUGAUUCGUGAUUCAUGAUUCUUUAUUGUGGUUUUCUGUGACUGGUGCUGACAAUGAAAUUAGACGCAAUAUAUACGCACAAAUGUUAUGAAUGAAUCAUUUACAUGUUAAGCUAAAUUUAAAACUCUACAUAUUGACCUGGCCCCGAAAGAGUUAAAUUAAUUUUGUAUAUGAUUGUUGUGUUCAACUAAAGAGUAUUUUUAUUUAUCCAGUCUUCUCGACCUCAGGAAGGAGUUUCUUUCUGUGUUACUCACAUCCUUUGUGUGUCACCGGUGAACAAGGCAUUACCAUUAGACGUGUUCUUUAAAUUGAAAAUAUGUAACAUUUAGGCUAGUAGAGCCAAGUUGGAAUUACUGCUUUAGUGAAUAAACCCUUAUGCCUUGUUCACUUCUUUGGCAUUCAGAGGGAAAACAAAAUUGUAAGUGGAUCUCUUCACCAGUGGGUUUGUCAUAUGAAAACAAAGGACUCUAGCUAAAAAUAAGCUCUUUAAAAAUAUAUAAAAAUCUGUAUUUUUACAAGAAAAUAUGUCUACAACUGUAAUUGUAUUAUUGCAGAACCACUGGUAAACCAAUUGCUUAUGCACCAUAUAUUGUCUGGUUUUUGAUUUCUGAUACUAAGACAAUCAUUUUAGUCUGUGUUUUCUUGAAGUAUCUCUUGCAGACAGCAGCUUUUCUCAAAUGAAUGUUCUUAACCUUAUAUAUACAUGGUUUUAUCGCGGAGAACCCAUUCAUUAAUUGAGACUCAGUGUUCGAAUAUAAUAUGCUUAAUAUAUUAAUUUAUUGUUUUUGAUAA